AUGGCUGAAAAGCAGAAGAGAUCCAAGGCUCACUAUGUUCAAAACCAGAAGAGGCAGAAAACACAAGCAAGGGGCCGUCUUGGACUCAAUGAUUUGAAGUCUAGUACAAAAGGUAUCAUCGCGACUGCUAAUUUCUUGGAUUAUGGAUGCAGACGAGAGGUUUUCAGCCUUCUUGAUGAUUUCUGUGGCAAGGAGGAGAAGCCUGUAUGUAAAGGGAACGAUGAUGAGGUAGAUGAAGAAAUAGCAAAAGAAAUAGCUGAGUUGAAAGCCACAAAGAAAAGAUUUCAGAUAGUCAACACAACUCUGAACAACAUGAUGUUUAUUGCAGUUAAUGAAGAGUCAAUAGAUCCCUGUCAGUUAGUCCAUCAUAUCCUGUCUACUCUCCGGGAGAAGAAAGAGCGAAAAACUCGGUUCACUCAAAGAGUACUACCCGUAUCCCACACCUGCUAUGCAUCAAUAGAGGACAUCAAAAAGACUGCCUUGUUGAUGGUCAAAGAUCAGUUACACACCAAAACUCCAAAAACCUUUGGUAUUUACUUCAAAUCGAGGAACAAUUCCUCCAUCUCCCGCGACGAAGUGAUACAGAAUGUUGCUACAGUCGCUACAGACGAUCUAACUUUUGCUGAGUUCAAUAAAGUACACCUCGAUAACCCAGAAUAUGCUAUUAUUAUUAAUAUUGUCAAAACUGCUGUGUUCAUGGCAGUUGUUAAGGAUUUCAAAUUGCUGUCCAAGUAUAACAUAGAUGAGUUAACGAAAAGCUACACUCCAGUAGUUAAAGAAGAAAAAGCAGCUGAUGGAGAGGUAGUGAGUACUGACAAUAAAGUGAACGAUAUAGUCUCCGAAGAAAAAGAUGAUGUUGUCUCUGAAGAAAAAGAUGAUGUUGUCGAGAAAGCAACAGAAGUUGAAGCUUGA